GGAGUCGCUUAUAAAUGGCGCCCAAGCAGGACCCCAAACCCAAAUUCCAAGAGGGUGAACGGGUGCUGUGUUUCCAUGGACCUCUUCUUUACGAAGCAAAGCAUUCUCGCACAGAAGCAAGCCUGUGCAAACACAGCAGCCACAAGCAGCCCGGCUCCCUUUCUCUGGUCCGCUCCAUCCUGCCUUCCUUUUGAAGUCCUUCUGCAGUACUGAUGUGUGUAAAGGUUGCUAUAAAGGACAAACAGGUGAAAUACUUCAUACAUUACAGUGGUUGGAAUAAGAACUGGGAUGAAUGGGUUCCAGAAAGCAGAGUGCUCAAAUACGUGGACACCAAUCUGCAAAAGCAGAAAGAACUUCAAAAGGCCAAUCAGGAACAGUAUGCAGAAGGAAAGAUGAGAGGGGCCGCACCAGGGAAAAAAACGUCCGGACUCCAGCAGAAAAAUGUUGAAGUAUUUUUCAGACGAGAUGGAGCGCAUACAGUUUGCGGUUUGGAGACCCCUGCAAUAUCGACGCGGAAGACCAAAAAGAACAAACAGAAAAUGAUUCCCUUGCCUGUUUGUGUAGCUCCUGGAAUCGGUGAAGGCAGCAGCACUAAUGAAAACCCUCAGCCUCCCAGGAAGAAAAGGGCUCGUGUAGAUCCCACUGUUGAAAGUGAGGAGACUUUUAUGAACAGGGUUGAAGUCAAGGUAAAAAUACCCGAGGAGCUGAAACCGUGGCUUGUGGAUGACUGGGAUUUGAUCACCCGGCAAAAGCAGCUCUUCUACCUUCCUGCCAAGAAGAACGUUGACUCCAUUUUGGAGGACUACGCAAACUACAAGAAGUCGCGAGGGAACACUGAUAACAAAGAAUAUGCUGUUAACGAAGUCGUGGCAGGCAUCAAAGAGUACUUCAACGUCAUGCUGGGCACUCAGCUGCUCUAUAAAUUUGAGAGGCCGCAGUACGCAGAAAUCUUAGCGGACCACCCUGAUGCACCGAUGUCACAGGUGUACGGAGCUCCCCACCUCCUGCGGCUGUUUGUCCGGAUCGGAGCCAUGCUCGCUUACACGCCCUUGGACGAGAAGAGUCUGGCCUUGCUGUUGAACUACUUGCACGAUUUUCUAAAGUACCUAGCAAAGAACUCUUCCACGCUGUUCAGUGCGAGUGACUAUGAAGUUGCACCUCCGGAGUAUCAUCGGAAAGCUGUGUAAGCUUCUCACACUCAUGGUGUGUGUGUGUGUGCACGUGUGGAUGACUGUAUCACUGGAAGGGAUCCUUGGGUCUCUGCAGCAGACCUGCCCGGUUCCACGUCUGCUCACGGUCUCCUCUUGCACACGUCUUUCCGCACAGCUGACAUCCAUGUCAAGUGAAUAGUGUUUUGUGUCUUCAGAUGGAACUGUUGCCGCCCCCACGUCCCAAGGUUGCUUUUCCUUCAGACGGAUCUCUUUCAAGGGGAGAGCCUCCCGGAGCGCGUCAUUGGAUCGAUUUUGGUGUUGGAAUGUGGUGCUGGAAAUGUGACGAAACGUUUCAUAGUCUUGAGCCUCCUGCAUGCUUUUAGGCCCAUUUUUCCCCCUUGAAACCAAGCUGAUGAUGGUUUGAUGGUGUUUUGUCUUCCAUCCCCCCAACCCCUUCAAAACAAGCAAACAAACUCUUGCUUCCAACCGAGUGGGGAGGACCAAACGCAGAUGUCUACUUGCAGCUUGGGAGGGGAGGGACAGGGUGGGGAGGGAGUUCAUGUGCUUUCUUGGUGUUGGGAGGGUAAAAAUGUGUGGGUUUAAGUCUGUGUUCUUUGCCUGCAUAGCUGAAGAAUUGUGGGGUUAACUUUUGUCUUGGGUUCAAAUGCACCUUCUAACAUAGGACGGAUUUGCCAUUGUGUCUCACAAGUUUUCUGAAAUUGUUUUUUUUUUUUUUGGUAGGGGAUGUUUACAGGUCCCCAAAUAAACUUUUCUAUUUCAACUGUUAAAA